AUGGGACUGACUUCCAAAGACAAACGAGAUAUUUACUAUCGACUGGCCAAGAGUAAUGGAUGGAGAGCCAGAAGUGCUUAUAAGUUGAUGCAGAUUCAAGAACACUUUGGGAUAUUCAAGGGUAAACUUUCUUAUUAUGUUGUUUAUGUUUAGAGAUUAAAAUCGUUGUGACUUUCGGUUAAGAACAUUGGUAAAACAUUUGUCGACAAAGCCUAUACCUAAAACCUAAUAUUCUUUAGAUGUAACGCGAGUAGUGGAUCUGUGCGCAGCUCCUGGAUCGUGGAGUCAAGUAAUAACAUCGGAACUACAUUCCAAGCAAAAUGGUUUAUCUGAUGUUCGAAUAGUAGCCGUGGAUCUUCAGCCAAUGGCUCCCUUACCUGGUGUAAUUCAACUCAAAGGUGACAUUACUGAAGAAUCGACGGCAGAAGCAAUCAUUAGUCAUUUUGAUGGGCAAAAAGCGGACCUGGUUGUUUGUGAUGGUGCUCCUGAUGUUACUGGAUUACACGCUUUUGAUGAAUUUCUUCAGGGACAAUUAGUGUUUGCUGCUUUCAAUAUCAGCACGUUUGUACUGAAGGAAGGUGGAACGUUCGUGUCAAAAGUUUUUUUGGCUGGUGAUGGGGUGUUGUUGAAGACGCAGAUGAGCAUGUUCUUUAAAUAUGUUGACUUUUACAAACCACAGAGUAGCAGAAUUAGCAGUUCAGGUGAGGUUUUUUGUAUUGUUUUAGGUUUAGUAGAUAUGGGAGGUUUGAAGAUUUUGGAGAUGAUUGUUAAUUUAUUUGAAAAACAGUUAAGAAUAUUUAAAAAGGAGUAUGUUAACAUGCCUUACUUCAAUUUUCAUUGAUUUUGAAUUGUUGGGCAUCAAGAUAUAACGAAAUUACUAAAGCACAUUACCUUUUUUUACUGCUUUUCAAAGUUUAUGCUCUUUCUUUGCAAAAAAUAGGAGUUUUAAGUAAAAUACGUUGCUUGAUUAUGUAGAAAAAUCUUUUUGGAAGGUACCAAAGUCAAUAUCAUUUCAGAAUCUUUUAUUGUUUGUCGAGAAUAUCAGCCACCAACCGGCUAUACCCCGAACUUGAAGAACAUUCUACAUACUGAUGAUUAUGGUAUGAAUACAAUGUUUUACACUGUAAUUUUAUUAUGUGUGGGUUUAGAGACAUAGAUAGGGGGAGGGGAGAGAAGGUGGGGUAAAUAGGGGUGGAUUUACCCCUCCCAGAAAAAAAUUAUAACGACGUUCUAUAUUUUGAGUUAUUAGCUUGUUCAAAUAAUUCUGUGCACUUUUUCAAAACAAAUUUUUGGGGGUUGGGGGCACAGAAUUUUUUGAACAAUUUAAUACUACCACAAAUUUAUGAAAUAUCUGCCAAAAUUUAAAGAAAUGUUUAGAAAAAGCCAAAGAAGACCUAAAGGACGUGAACAAAACCCUAGUGCCAUUCAUGUGUUGUGGAGAUUUAAGUGGCUUUGAUUCGGAAAGAAGCUUCGGUUUGGACACAAAAAGAUUAUUGGACAGAUUGAAGCAUAAAUUGGGAUCAGUUGAACUAAAACAAGGUCUCAAAGCUGUAGCACCACCCACAGAACCGGCCUACAAAGAGGCGCUACAGAAAAAGAAGACUGGGCUACUGGAUAAGCCGCAGUAA